CAUCACCUUCGGAAGACUCAUUCAUUCUUCUUCUGCUCCUCAUCUCCAUUGUUGUGCAUCCCUCAUCCACAUUCUCCAUCCGCUCCCUCGUUUGCUCGCUCCCUUACUCAUUCUCUCUGCCGAACACACGGUAGCCUUGGUCCUUUGUCCCACUGCAGUAGCAGCGCAUUUGUCACUCGUGCCAUCAUGUCUUUGGCCCGAUAUACAUGACAGAACCGCCUUAUUUUCCAUUGAACCUGCCCCGCAAGCGCCCAUUGACGAGCAUAGCACUCAGCACCAGGAACAACCGUAUUAUCUCCCCCCCUCUCCCUUUUUACUCCCCUGUCUUCCGCUCAGCCGAAAUCAAAAAAGAUCAACUCGAAUCCUGUACAUCGCACCGCACCGACUCCUCAUUCCCUACACGCAACGUAUCCCGUUCUGUAAGACCAAGGACACAUCAUUGGUCACUUUCACAUAAUGAGUAUCAGUCUAGCCAGGAUUCUUAUGGGCGCACUCUGGAUCCAGGCAGCAAUGCUCCUGGUACUGACUUCAAUAUUAGCAGACUCAAAUGCUUGGGUGGGGGCGAUUGUGUCAAGUGUUGGGUUUUUCUUUGUCGUCCUUGGUAUCGCUGCAGCACAUAGGCGACGUAUCGGCUAUCUUUAUUGUUACGCAACAGUGAUUGGCCUCUGGGAGAUUUUCGCAAUAGCACACAUCUUGGUUAUCUGUGGACUGGUUGCAUUACCACCGACAUUGGUAAACGCUGUUACUGUCAUUGGCCAGAAAAUUGUGAAGAACCCUUCGGAUGCUAUGAAGAUCGUCGUACCGCUGCUCUAUGGGGUUCAAUGGGGCGGAUGGUGUAUCACACUGGUCUGCCUCGUUUCACUGCGCUUGGCGACGCGGCGUGCGGAGACAGGUUCGGCCGUCCAAGGUCCAAAGCGAUCACAUCCUCUGGAAAUGAAUUGCAGUCAAGCUAGUCUUAGCAGUAACCCCAGGAUGCCCCAGCAUUUCCUCAACUUCCGGCAGUCGGUAAUUGCGCCUAUUGGGGGAACUUCAGCAAGAGGUAUGACGCAUGGCGGGUGCACCGUAUCUGCCCCGCCUUCACAGACAAAGAAUAUUAGCGGCGACGAAGAACAUUCAUCGUUUAGAACGUACAAGGGCAAGGAGUCGAUCACGCGUCAGUGCCCUAGUAGUAUCGAUCUUCGAGCGCCAGAGAGGGCCUGGCCAACGAGAGAUAGGCGAUCCAGUUCUGGCAGCAAUGCAAUUUAUUUUCCAAACAACCGGAGGAUAUCACAGGUCGUUGUUACGUUCAGCGAUGAAAUGUACGAUGGCCAGGAACAGCAUCAACCGCAUUCGCUUAUCCAACCGCACUCAGUUUAUCCACCACAGUCCAUCCGACAAUCCCUAGCAGAACCCAGUCAACAGCCAAAGCUGGAGUCGGCCAUGAUCUACAUUAACGACCCUAACUACCAGGCAAAGACAGGGCCGGAGGGUACAUCGAGUGGCAGUAACAGCAGGAAGAAAAGCGAAGUUUUCAUUCUGAGCCUUUCAGCUUCCGGAGAAUCACUUUCAGACAUGAUCUUCAAGCCAUCACUACUGAAUGGUGACCAGGCAUCGGGCACCUUAAAGGCGACAUAUAGCUUGCGUUCUACGCAGCAUCUAGAAACUGCUGGAGCAGCUCGACACCGAGUCAAGGGCGAGAUGCCUAACCCUGCAAGGAUCCGGAGCACCGCCACGAAAACGUCCCUGACGCUAUCGUCUGACUCUUCGUCUUCGGAACUUUCUGCAUUGUCGAAUGGCUCAACGUCUGACGGCGAAGAUUUCGAACAGGAUUUGACGGCGACGAAUGCCACGCUUAAAGUGAGAACGGAAGAGGCUACUACUCGGCGUCCAGACAAUGCCUUUGAAGGACUUACGGUGGUUUCGGUGACACCGCUCAAUAUUAUACCCAAAGACCAACCUCGACCUUCUAGCGAGCCAUUCAUUGCGUUUUCGUCUAAAUCGCCAGCAACAGCAACUCCACAUGAGGAUAUCACUUCAUCGAUACCGCCCAAGCGCGUUCGCGACGCUCAGCAACUCGUUUCACAACCUGGGCUUCAGACUACGCAGGAAGAACAGGAUAUUAAACAGCGAUUCUCGUUUCCGCCAUCCGAUUGUGCUGAUGAGCUAAGCGAGCCUCCACCACAAAUGCAGCCCAAUUCUUCAGAUUCUUCAAAUUCGUUGUCCUCGCUUUCAUCCCUCACAUCCCUGUCGCAGAUAACCAGACACCAGAACUUAUCUGAAGGGCGCCCUCGCCACGAACAUUCAACCCUCGAACCUAUUCCCUGUGAUAACCGCGCUGGUAGCCAGACUUCAGAACCGAUAUUUGCAUCCUCAUGUUCAUUCUCUAUAGCAUCGAUAUCAACACCACAACCUAAUCCAGCAUCUCCAUUCUCCGUAUCAACGUCUUUUCCAGCAGCACCGCCUCUUGUUUCAACAACAACGACAACGACAUUGGCCUCACUCGCGACUGCAACAUCCACCAUUGGCCCUCGACCAAAAUCAAGUAUUGUGUCUUUACCUCAUUUUUGGCGCAACCGUUCCAACUCGUCUUCAUCGUCUUCUUUGGGCGGUGAUAAUUCAAAUCCGUCUCUGUCUUCGUUUUCGCAAAGCUACCUCGUCAAUACAUUUUCGAAAAAAAAGAAGCCCAUCAUUCCUACGAUAGUUAUUCACCCGGACGAGGAAGAUGACGAACCACCACGGGUGUUGACCCAAAAGGAUAUUGAUUAUCUUUCGACCAUGCCUCCCCCGCCUCUCCGGCUAUUGGUGCAACCAUGGGAUGAGCUUUGCGAGGAGGACGAGUAUUAUGAGAACAUGAUGAAGGAUGGAUACGCGUACGACGAUCAAUAUUACCAUAAUCAUCCAGAGAUGUAUAAUCACGACAUUGACGACAGCGAGGAUGCUGUGGAGCCAGAAGUGGAGCUGGGACGGUCCGAGAUCAUUGAUAGAAAUGAUUUUAGGGAAGAUUACUUUAAUCCCUAUGCGCUCGACGUAUCUAUCAACCUUAAUCUCGACAUGCGGGAACUUGCUCGUGAUAAUGCAAAGUCUGCCAAUUAG